AUCGUAAACAAAUAAUCAACCAGUCUUCAACCCCGUAGAUGUGCAUAACAACCCUUCAACCGAAUGCCUGACAAAACGCAGGCGUUGAUUUCGAACAAGUCUGUCACGUUCCACAAAUACUCCACAAGCAAACUGUUGGUUAGGAGUUGGUCUGCAUUUGACUUGUUUUCAUAUGUCAAGAUUGUAUUGAUUUUUCGUGAAUCCAUUUAUAAGUCCGUUUGAUGAUGCUGAUUCAUACUGUAUACUGAAGACUUGCUAACAAUUUCCAUUCCAAGUUUUCAACAAUAAAAUUCACCAAAAAAUUCUAAAUCGCGAAGAUAAAAAUAAUACUAAGAGCAAAAGAAAGCAAAGUAUAACUCAUUGCGUUGUCCAUAUCCAAUAAAGAAUAUAAUAUAAUACAAUAUAUGUACAUAUAUAAAUGAACAAAGUUUGCAAAUAAAAUCUUCAACGACCUUUUGAGCUGUUUCGUAUUGUAAAGCAAACAACAUAUAGACAAAUAACCAGGCAUUAAUCUGGAAAGUCAUUGAAACCGUAAAUCGAGAUGGCUUUGGACUUUGUGGCGACGUAUAAAGUUCUGGUGCUAGGUGAUUCCAAUGUGGGUAAAACGUGUAUUGUCCAUAGAUACUGUGACGAAAAAUACUACGACACAUACAUCUCCACUAUAGGCAUCGACUUCAAGCAGAAAUUAAUCAAUUUGGAUGGUGUGCCAAUAAAGUUACAAAUUUGGGACACAGCUGGACAAGAAAGGUUUCGAACAUUAACGACGGCCUAUUAUCGCGGAGCAAUGGGUAUCCUACUGAUGUAUGAUGUGACCAAUUUGGAGAGUUACAACAAUUUAUCAUAUUGGCUUCGAAAUAUCCAAGAGAAUGCGUCACCGGAUGUUGUCAAAGUCUUAGUGGGCAAUAAAUGUGAAAGUUCUGCUACUCAACGGGCGGUCGACAAAGAAAGGGGCGAAAAAAUUGCUGAAAAUUUUGAUAUGCCCUUCUUUGAAGUAUCCUGUAAAUGUAACAUUAAUAUUGAGGAGGCUUUUCUAGCACUGGCACGAAAGAUCAGAGAGCAACGUGAACGUCGGGGGGAUAACUUUGACAAYGACGAUAAAAACCAGGAUAAAAAAUCUCCUGGCUCUAACGGGCUAGGUACUUUUAGUUUGGCCAGUCUCUCCGAAGGUAAUCGUUGUUCCUGCUAAACCGAACAGAAAUAUUCCACAUACUCGUAAGGAAAUAUACGUCCAAUAGAGUGCUGUAGUGGAAUAUGUACUUCCAUGCAUACUACAUACAUACAUACAUACAGACAUGCUAUCGUAAAUAUUAUSGGGACACUUGGCCAAAUGUGGCUAGCACUGAGAUGCAGUAUAAAAGCAAAACAACUUGAACUUGCCUCCAUGUAAGAGGCAAAUUACAAUUUUCCUGAGUGGGAAUAUGGUUGUUAAUGACGCAGUUUCACAUUACAGCUACAUAUAUAACAUGAUAAUAGUUUAAGGCCGUUGUAGUAAUGCMAUCGGAACUAAAAUUAAAAAGUUAUAAGCUAUUUCAAAAUUUUAUAAUACAAUAUAUUUUAGAACUAAUAUCAUAUGUUUUAUACAUGCAUAUGUAUGUAAAUUGCAUAAAGCCAAAUAGCAUGCAAUCGUUAGCGAGCGAGUACUUCAUAUUGCGCCUAAUAAAUGAAGGCAAAGCAAGUAUUAAGUAAGAACUAAUUUUAUUCGAGCUGACAACUUUAAAUUGGAUAUAAAAUAAAUCUUUAACAUCUUCGAUAGUAAAAUAUAUUCGGCAAACUAAAAAAAAGAAGAACACCUACAUAUGUAUUGUAGUUUCAUGAGCAAAAUUGGUAUACAAUGUCUUAAUUUAAUACGUGAUUUAUAGUUAAGUAGUUAAAAUUAAUCAUUCCCUUUAUAUAUUAAAGGAAUAUAUAAUUGAGACCACCUAAUGAUGAUUACAGACAGUUAGACAUGUUUUAAUUUUUGAUUAUGUGGAAAUCCCAUUUAAAUAGUGUUACCUAAAAUGCAAACUAACGUAACAUUACCUUUCUUAAGUUUACAGUAGAAGGAAAAUUGAACGAAAGAAUGAAUAGACUCUACUCGUAUUGAAAUAAAAUUUCAGUUUUGGUUAAUACUUGGUUAUAUCUGUAUA